AUGGCGAGGGAGACAAGGGGGUCCGCCGCUCGCGACACACCCAUCUCCUCCCCAUCAUCGUCCACCGAUGCCAGCGGAAAGCGUAAGCGUACAUCGUCGAUCGAUGCGUCCGCCGCCGCCGAUGCUGCUUCCACCAAUGUCACCUUGCCGUCCGCGGCAGCCGGCCCUGUGGAAGGCGGCGAGCAGCCCGAUAGCAAACGCGUACGCAUCAACGGUAGCGAGGCGGUGGGUGAAGAGAAGCCCGGCAUUGGUGCAAAUGGCGACCGCCAAGGACGUGUCCUCUCGAAAGAAGUCCGCGACGCCAUUGGAGUGGUCCUGUCACAAAUGGCAAAGGGCUUACCUUCCCCCAUCAACAAUGUCCUGACCCUCUGGCUGCCGCCCAACUUUGACCAGAGGGAGGAGAACACUCUGGGAUACCUCCUCAAGCAGGAGACGCUCACGUGGGAGCAGCUGGUGGCCACUUUGCACCUCUUCUCCAAGCACCUCCUGCUGCCCGGCGGCUACCCCAAUCCGGUCCCUUCCCUCGCGCGCAUCCACCUCCCGACCCCUCCUUUGCCGUCCCACUUCCCCACUGUCGCCAUCUACGUCUUUUGUGCAGCUCUGCACCAGCUCCUCCUCCAGGUUGAGCCCCUCGCUGACGGCACAUCGAGUCUCAAGUCGACUGCGCCCCUGGAGCGCUGGACUCUGAUGCAAAAGACCCCCGGAAACGGACUGGGCCACGCCAGUGGCGAGUGGUUCACCGCCAGCGCGGACCUGAGGGAGAUUGAGGACGCGCGCGAAAAGAUGCGGCUGCCUGACGACAAGACGCUCCUCCAGACCUUGGCCGCGACGGGUGGCAAGUUUGGCUAUGCUCAGCCUGUCCUUGUGCAGGCUACCGCGCCUCUCGGUGCCGAUGACAAGGGUCCCGUACCAACACUCGCCGAGUCCCUGGUCCGCCGCGCCAGCAUGAAAGCCCAGAGGUGGAAGGAGCUGCGCGCGUCUCGUCGCACCCACUUUGACUCCAAUAUCCAUCCCGUAAAGUCACUUGCUGCCCCGAACAGGCCGUUCCAGCCUUCCUUUGCUCCCACCUACGACUCGCGCAUGUCCAGCGGCCUUGGCUACUAUUCGACUCUCGACCUCAUGCACGAGCACACCCGCCAUCGCGAGUGGACCCGUCGGUCGACAACUGUUGUUGACAUUGCCAACGAGGGCUGGACCGGCGUGUUGGAAGCAGAGGGCAAGGAUGCCGAGGUCGAGAAGAAUGCCGACAAGGACAAGGAGACCGAGGGCGCCGAGAAGGCGGCUGCCAACGGCGAAGCCGACAAGGAGCUGGAUAGCGUCGACGCGAUCCUCGACGCCAACGUUGGCCGCAUCGAGGAACUGCAGGUCUGGCAAGACUUGAGAGUUCGCAAGGGCGACGCGUCCUGGAUCUCUGACCGCGAGCGCGCCGUCGCUGACGAGCUCUUUGCAUCGCUCGCUGAUCUUGUCGAGUCGUCGGAUACCCCUCCUGCGGCCCUUUUGCCCGAAAGUGCAAAGUCGUCGUCGUCGUCAAAACCUGGCCUCGCCCACACUCUCGCCCGCCGUCUUCUCUCGAACCGUGCACCUAUCAUUCGUGGCACCCUCGACCCACGACGCGCGCAUGCUCUUCACGACAAUGCCACCCUUCGCCUGCGGACGCAGGCCAUGGCAACCAUGGGCGGUACACCAACAAUGGGCGUCAAUGGCCUGUCGCCUUCACCUCACGCCCAGCAUCCCAAGCUUCCUGGCACCCCUGGCUACAUGACUUCACCACACAACGCCCUGCGCGAGCCUCCACCCCACACACUUCCCCCUGGCUCACGCUAUUACCCCCAGCAACAGCAGCAGGUUCAGGCAGCUCAGCAGGUCGCCGCUCAGCAGGUCGCCGCUCAGCAGCAGGCCCAGCGUUACGCUCAGCAGCAACAGCAGCAACAGCAGCAACAGAUGUUGUCGUCUCCUGGCCAGAUGAACCAACAGCGUGUUCUCGGUCUUGGUAUGCAGGGGAUGCAGCAGGCUGUUCCUCAGCAGGCUGUUCCUCAAAUGCAAGCAUAUCAGCUGCAGCAAGCAGCUCAGCAGCAGCUGCAGGCCCAGGCCGUCGCCCAACAGCAAGCUCAACAGGCGGCUCAGCAACAACUCGCCCAGCAGGCAGCUGCUCAGCAGCAACUGGCUCAAGCUCAGGCCGCACAAAUGGUCCAGCAACAAAUGGCUCAACAACAGCAAAUCGCGUAUCAGCAGCAACUUCAGCUUCAGCAGCGUCAACAACAGGCCAUGGCCCAGCAGCAAGCUCAAGCUCAGCAAAUGGGUUCGCCCCUGCCCCAUCAGUACCGCCCACCGUCUGGCGGCGGUGGCAUCUCUUUCUCUCCCCAACAGCAAUAUCAAGUCCAGCGCGCCGGUCUUCCUCCCAAUGCCGCUCUCGGUGGCAUGGUGCCGAGCUCGCCACAGCAGGUCGCCUACCCGCCUGGCAUGAUGCCCCAGCAAGCCGCGAUGCAGGGAUACCCCAUGCAAGGCGGUCAGGGCGUGCGCAUGCAAGGUGGGCCCAUGCAAGGUGGACCCAUGCAAGGCGGUGUCGGUGUUCCCAACAUGCAAGGCAUGUCGGGAAUGCAGCAGAUGUACGCUGGGAACAUGCGCGUCCCAGGCGUCCCUGGUAUCCCUGGCCAGAUGCCAAUGCAGCACCGCUAG